GCAAUCGCUGAUCCGACCCGCCGAUCGGUGGUGAUUCUACUGGAAUUGCGUGCGGAAGCUGCAGCGUAAUUUGGAGUAAACAUAAGGACAUCAGUCGAUGCUCGCACUUCUGCACGAUCCCAUUCGCCGUCACUAGGACUUCCGUGCUCCAGUACUCCACAGCAAUUAUGCGGUUCAUGUGAAAGUCAGGUCAGUCCGAGCACCAGCGCCGUGCGAGAGUGACCCCGGAUUUGCCAAUUCCCUGGAUGAUAAGAACAAUCGCACUACACCAAAUCUCUUAUGCUCGUCAGGUAGUCCCGAAUUUCCUUCCAGAACGACUGACCCUGGGAUCGAAGCAGGCCGCAGCACCGUAUCAGUCCUAACGAUGCGCUUUUCGAACGUGUUGUUGGCCGUGGCCACCCCAUUCAUGAGUGUUGCAGUUGCAGAAAGUCAUGUCGAAUCUGCAACCGAGCUGUUAAAUAGUCUUCAACUGGAAGAGAUUCUGGCAAAGCAUGACUUGGCUCUGGUUCCCCGGUCGGAAUUGACGUCGACAUUGAAAGAAAUGAACGCAUUACUAAGAGAACACAACAAUGAGAAACGCAAUACCCCUCUCUACCGACGACAAUCGAAUAAUAGCGACAAUAGUCCCAACCUUCUGGAUGGCCUUGGUGAUCUCGGAGAUCUUAUCACCGCGAUCGGGACCCUCACAUCUCAAUUGGGCCAGCUUGGUGAUUUGGUCAAAGUCCUAUCUGAACUUCUCACUGUCGAUUUCCUGCAGGCCGUACAUGACUCACUCACGUACCUUGCAGAGACGUUGCAGCCGCCUGUUCCAACCCAGAUUAGGGAUCUGCUCAAUCUGGUCGGUUCUUUGGAUUUGAAGAGCCUUGUGGACGAGCUCAAUGGAGCAAACUUGGGCAGUCUCUUAGCCAACGCUGCCAAGCUCCUGACUUCCGGCAACGUGGACAAGAUUUCUGACAUUCUCACCAACGCCGACAACCUUCUGACGCCUGAUUUCGUCAACCAGACCUCCACGCUGAUUGGACAAGCAUCACCGUUGAUUGAGAGGAUUCAACAGAUUGAUCUCGAAGGUGUAUUGGAUGCACUUUCUCCUUUGCUGACUCGAGAAGAGAUCACUGGUGUCGUUGGCCUUCUCAGAAACGCUCAGAAGUUAUUAUCCGAUGAUGGUACCAAUGGUCUUGUGAGCCUUCUAAGUAGUGCUGAGACACUCUUGGACGAAAACACCGUCAACACGCUUAAGAGCUUGUUGUCUACACUGAACGACGUUGAUAUCGCUGGUGUGCUUGACGCCUUAUCUCCCAUUCUCAACCGUGACGAGAUCAAUGGAGUUGUUGGUCUACUCCGAAAUGCCGAGACUCUGCUCGAUGAGGACACGACCGGUACACUUAAGAACCUUCUGUCUACGUUGAAUAACGUCGACAUUGCUGGUGUUCUUGAUGCGUUAUCACCAAUCCUCAAUCGUGACGAAAUCAAUGGAGUCGUUGGUCUACUCCGAAAUGCCGAAAGCCUGCUCGAUGAGAAUACAGUCAAUACAUUGAAGAGUCUGCUGUCUACGUUAAAUGAUGUUGACAUUGCUGGCGUUUUGGAUUCAUUAAAGCCGAUUUUGACCAAAGAUUCCAUUGACGGCAUCCUAACCCUCCUGGACAAUGCGGAGACCCUCUUGGACAAAGACACGACCGACCAGCUGAAGAGCUUAGUAUCUAGCGCUGGGAAUCUCUUGGACGAGAACACUACAAAUACGUUGAAAUCCCUUCUGUCCACAUUGAAUGAUGUCGACAUUGGCGGCGUUCUGGACUCUCUGAAGCCACUUUUGACGAAGGAGUCAAUCGAAGGCAUCUUGACACUCCUAGACAAUGCCGAGAGUCUCCUAGAUCAGGAUACGACCGGCCAGCUCAAGAGCUUGGUAACCAGCGCUGGGAACCUUUUGGAUGAGAACACAGUCGACACUCUGAAAUCUCUCUUAGGAUCGUUGAACGAAGUUGAUAUCGGCGGUGUUCUCGAAUCUUUAAAGCCUCUUUUGACAAAGGAGUCCAUUGAAGGCAUCCUGACACUCUUGGAUAAUGCUGAGAGUCUUCUCGACAAGGACACGACCGAUAAACUCAAGACCUUGGUGUCUGACGCGGCCCCUCUGCUUCAAAGCCUGACGGAAGCAGAUAUAGCCGGAUUGCUGAACAAGGUCGGCCCGCUCUUAGAUCAAGUCUCACCCUUACUCGACGAGGUGAACGAAUUAGACCUGAAGAGUCUCUUCGACGCCCUAAAACCACUCCUAACAUCCGAUGGUAUCAAUGGGAUUCUCAUGCUGCUCGACAAUGCGGAAGACCUCCUGACACCAGACUUUGUCAACAACACCCGUUCGCUUAUCACAGGCGCAGGUCCUCUAGUAGGAGAGCUUGGCAAAUUGGAUUUGGAGCCUGUCGUGGAUCUAUUAAACCCUGUUCUGGCAGAUCUUCGCACUCACGACCUGUCCAACGUGAUCUCCCAAGUCGAUCCUCUACUUGGAUCGAUCAGUUCCAUCGAUUUCUCCAAUCUUGUUGACCAAGUCGGGCCAUUGUUGUCUGCCGUAACAUCAGUCGACUUUACCAACAUGGUCAGCCAGGUCUCCCCUAUCCUCCAAGCCGUUACCCGACCAGAUUACUCUGGCCUGGUUGACCAAAUUGGUCCUCUCCUAGACGCCGUCACCAGUGUCGAUUUCUCACCAUUGAGUAAGCAAGUUCAGCCGCUGCUUGAGGACGUCGCAUCUAUCGACUUUGUCGGCAUAUUCCGCCAGCUGAUGCCCUUACUCUCCGAGUCUGGCAUUAAGGGUAUAUACGACCUCUUGUACAACGCUGAAGACCUUCUCACGGAUGAUUUCGUCAAGAACACCACCUCUUUGAUCGGAAACGCUGGUCCGCUCGUGAGCGCCCUCGGAAAGAUCGAUAUUGCGAAAUUAGUCGACCAGAUCAUGCCGUUGUUGGACACAAUCGACAACAUCGACAUCAAGGGCAUCGUAGACGCAGUCAUGCCUAUUCUCACCCCAGACAGUGUGGAUGGUAUCGUGAAACUACUGCAAAACGCCCAGAACCUUUUGUCUGAUGUCUUUGUCUCCCAAACGUCUGAGCUCAUCGGCGACGCUACUCCUGUAAGUUUUCUUUAUCACGUUCGGUCUUGUUUUGCACUUCCUAACCAUGCGUAGCUUGUCGCAACAGUGUCCGAUUUCAUCCAGGCUUUGUUCCGCGCGCUCGGCGCAACCCAGAACACGUAGGCGGUCUGCGACCAUCGAGCAUGGGUUUGCAAUAACGCAGAUCCC